AAAAAUAAAAAAAAAUAAAAAGAAUAUUCAUAAUUGAAAUACUAAAAGUCUAAGAAAAAACUUUGGACAGCUAACAGAACAUGAUAAUAAUUGAGGCCAAGCGAACAACUAACUUUAGGAGUAGGUAAAGGCAGUUGCCGGCUCAAAGUGUAUAAUUUAAGGCUACUAAUUCAAGGAUCAUUUAAGAAAAAGGCAAAAAGAAAGAUUUCAACAAGAGUAAAUUAGGGAGGAAAACUUCAGAAAGGAGGACUAAAAGGGAUAAGAGGAUAUUCCAGAGGACUUAUUUUGUGGUGAUGGAAGAGGUACUGAGUUACGAAGAAGCCAUUAAGAGGGCAGGUGAUUCUAUUUAUCGGUUUCCUCUAAUAGAUGUACAGGGUGUCCCUCUCAUGAGCACCAUUGCAGACAACUGGAAAUCAAUCAGUGAAUUCUGUCCUGACCCAUCAGACCUACUCAUCUCUACUUAUCCUAAAGCAGGCACAACCUGGACUCAAGAGAUAGUGGAUCUUCUGCUGCACAAUGGAGAUGCUGAGGUGUGCAAGAGAGCGCCGAUAUCUGUCCGUAUACCAUUUCUGGAAAAAUUCUCUGCUCCACCUAUACCAUCAGGGCUUGACUUACUUAGACAGAUGAAACCACCGAGAGUAAUCAAGACUCACUUACCCAUUCAACUAGUGCCUAAAGGAUUCUGGGAAAAUAAAUGCAAGGUCAUCUAUAUAGCCCGAAAUGCUAAGGAUAAUCUUGUAAGCUACUUCCAAUUUGGUCGUAUGAAUCUUACCCAGCCAGAGCCAGGACCUUGGGAUGGAUACAUUCACAAGUUCAUGAAGGGAGAAUUACGUUGGGGCUCUUGGUAUGACCAUGUCAAAGGUUACUGGAAGGAAUGCAAGGAAAAGAAUAUUCUCUACCUGCUCUAUGAGGACAUGAAGGAGAAUCCUGUUAGGGAGAUUAAAAGAAUCAUGCACUAUCUGGACCUGUCUGUUUCUGAGGAUAUCAUAGAAAGGAUUGCGCAGUUGACAUCCUUCCAAGUCAUGAAAGACAAUCCAAUGGCUAACUACUCCUUCGUCCCGAAAUCUGUGUUUGAUCAGUCUAUUUCUGCCUUCAUGAGAAAAGGAGAGGUCGGUGACUGGGUUAACCAUUUCACCCCAGCUCAAUCCAAGAUGUUUGAUGAAGACUACGCAAUCCAAAUGAAAGACACAAACAUUCCUUUCCGCUUUAGCAUCCAUUAAUAAUUUGUGCAAUAUAAUAUCACAUUCACACGCUUCAACUAAUCUCUUAUAAUUACAAAU